UCGACCUUCACCUUCUAAGCAGCAGCAUGGUAAGAGUGUGUGGCCCUACCAACGGAGUAGAGACAGCCCCCCUGCCGGAUUGGCAGCGGGCCACAUGCGCAUCGGCGGUGGUCAUUUGGAUAUGCCGAACCGGAGCAGAACUACGCAGGCGGACUUGAGAGACGACGUCGCUUGCAGACCACCGGCGUGCCCACGACCUACCGUGGACAACAUCAUUCGAGGAGUGUCCAACAUGGGGGCAAACAGCAAUGGCGGCGUUCAAGAUGCGGCAUUCCGUGAUGAUGCUGACGAUGGAGACACUGAGGACAUGGAGGCAGUGGACGACGACGAUACCGUUAAAAAUCGGCCGUUGGGAAAGACGACAGGGAGGGGGAAAGGAUACGGUAGAGGCGGUGGUCGUGGUCAAUCUGGUGGGCGGGGCGGCAGAGGAGGCGCAUCCGACGAUGGUGGGAAGUCGGCGACAUAUUGGUCGACGGACGACCAAUUGCGGCUUGUGAGAUGUAAGCGGGAGCAAGACAUGCACCUGGCAGGGCAAGGUCACAAUUACGGCCGGAUGCGAACGAAGGAGUGGAAGUGGGACGACAUUGCGAAACGGAUGGCCAACAUGGGGAUGCCGAAAGAAGCCGAUGAGUGUUCCAAGAAGUAGGACAAUCUGUUUCAGAACUACAAGAAGAUACAGAGAUUUCAGGGGAAGAGCGGUGAGGUGGAUUUCUUUAGGUUGUUGAAUGAAGAGCGGAAGGAGCA